AUGAAGACGUUCAACACCCCUGCCCCCAAUAUACCAUAUUAUACCCCCGUACAAGAUCCACCAGCUGGAUCUGCUCUCUCACCAAACCCUCCACCUCUAUUCACUCCAUUAACGAUCAGGGGGGUGACAUUCCACAAUCGUAUAGCGGUAUCGCCAAUGUGCAUGUAUAGUUCAGAGGAUGGUUUCUUUACUGAUUGGCAUUUAGUUCAUCUGGGUCAGUUUGCCCUGAGAGGUGUCGGAUUAGUGAUAAUUGAGGCAACGGCAGUCAGGCCCGAAGGUAGAAUAUCACCUCACGACGCGGGCAUCUGGGAUGAUAAUCACAUUGCGCCGUUAAAGAGGAUUGUCGAUUAUGUUCACUCUCAAGGCAUAAAAAUCGCCAUUCAAAUAGCACAUGCAGGAAGAAAGGCCACGACGAAUGUGCCACAUGUUAUAGAAUGUGAUCCUACACUUCCGUACGUUGUCCCCCGCGAAUAUGGUGGGUGGCCUGAUGAUGUGGUCGGACCGAGCGCUAUCCCAUGGGAUUCUAAUCACGCGAAACCUCGUGAACUAACUAUUCCGGAAAUACAAAACAUCCAGAAAGCAUUUGUCGAUGCUGCCAAUAGAGCAAAAACUGCAGGGUUCGAUGUCCUCGAGCUGCAUUAUGCGCACGGAUACCUUGGCCACGAAUUCUUAUCGCCCAUUUCAAACAAACGUACAGACGAAUAUGGCGGAUCGUUUGAAAAUAGAACAAGGUUUAAUGUUGAGAUUGCUGGAAAAGUGCGAGAGGUAUGGCCAGAGGAUAAGCCAUUAUUCGUGAGAAUUUCAGCCACGGAUUGGGUCGAAAACGAAGAGUCAUGGACCGUCGAUGAUUCUGUGAAAUUGGUGAGAAAAUUUAAAGAGAUUGGAGUCGACCUUGUGGAUGUCUCAUCGGGAGGUAAUACGCCCGCGCAAAAGAUUGUUGUUGGGCCCGGAUACCAAGUUGCCUUUGCCGAAAAGAUUAGGAAAGAGACAAACUCACUUACUGGCUCGGUUGGUUUGAUCAGAGAACCAAAGUUUGCAAACGAUAUCAUUGCUAGUGGAAAGGCCGACCUUGUAUUGUUGGGAAGGCAGUUUCUGGCUGAUAGUGGAUGGGUGUUUCGCGCUGCUGAAGAGUUGGGAGUGAUAGUGAAAUGGCCUAGGCAGUAUCAUCGAUGCUAUAAUGUUAAAAAACCUCGUCCCGAUGAUGAUACCAAUGAAACCGCCAAGUAA